AUGGGCAAAUAUCUUCCAGAAUCGACACCCAUACACCCGUUUCAUUUUAUCUGUGACCGUGUAAGAUUGUCUGUCAUAUUGGCACAACAACUGGAUGCCAGGGCGCAUAAAGCAUUUAAGAGAAGUAGCAAAGAUUUCCACAACAUGUCGCUGCAGCGGCUGACAGCGCUGCGUGCGCUGAUGAACAGUCAACCUACGGCGCUGGCAGCUUAUAUCAUACCUACUGCUGAUGCUCAUAAUUCAGAAUACAUAGCACCGGUGGACGCGCGUCGGGAAUGGAUUUCUGGGUUUACAGGCUCCGCUGGUACUGCGGUGGUGACAUCUACGGAAGCCUUGGUCUGGACUGAUGGAAGGUACUACACACAGUUCGAGAAGGAGGCCGAUUUGAAGCUAUGGACUUUGAUGAAGCAAUCCCUCCCCGAUACUCCCAGCAUUGAGAAAUGGUUGACUAACAAACUGCAAGAGGGUGCUGUAGUGGGCGUAGACCCUUAUACAUUCACCAGGGAAGAAUGGACGCCGUUGCAGACAGCAUUGACGAAAGCCAAUAUGAAACUGAUGCCUGUUUGCAAGAACCUGGUCGAUGACGUCAGAAUUCAACUCAAAGAUCCACCGCCUGCGAGACCGAACAAUACAAUUAUACCGCUACCUGUUAAAUAUACUGGUAAAACAUCUGGUGACAAGAUCAAAGACUUUCGAAACAAGAUGACUGAUAAUAAGGUGUCUGCUCUGGUCAUCACAGCCCUUGAUGAAGUCGCGUAUACCCUCAACCUUCGCGGCACUGACAUUAAGUACAACCCUGUCUUCUUUUCAUAUCUCAUUAUAACUCCGGAUGCUGUUAAGCUGUUUGUGAAUGGAGAACUGUCCAAUGAUGUGUAUUCACAUAUAAAAGAUGAAGGCUUGUCGGACUUUGAAGUCGGCCAUUACAGUGAAGUUGAGGUGUAUUUGAAGAAAUUAGCUAAACAAUUAUCAGCCUCUGGCAGUGGUCAUUCCAUUUGGUUGUCCAGUUCAGCUAGCGAAGCGAUACACAGAGCGGCUGCUGGGACUGAAGUCCUUGAAAAACCCCUCUUCUUAAAAUCUGAAGUUUCCCCAGUGGCUCUUAUGAAGCUUAUCAAAAACAACGUAGAACUUAAUGGCUUCCGCCGGUGUCACGUCAGUGAUGGGAUAGCCGUGAGCAGGUUCUUCAGAUGGCUCCACAACAAGAUCGACUCCGGUGCUACAGUUACAGAGAUACAGGCCUCCGACAAACUGCUGGAAUUUCGCAAAGAAAACCCUGACUUUAUGGGUCCAUCUUUUGAGACGAUCUCCAGCGCUGGACCGCACGGUGCCAUCAUACAUUACAGCGCCUCAAGAAACGGCAUCCAGAAGGCGAUUGAGAAGAAGGAAAUUUAUCUACUGGACUCCGGUGGACAGUAUAAAACGGGUACAACAGAUAUAACUCGCACCCGCCACAUGGGCAGGUCUCCCACACCUGAACAAAGGUCGGCGUUCACCAGAGUACUGAAGGGUCAGAUUAUGAUGGGCAGUGCGCUGUUCCCGCAAGGGGUCAAGGGCAACGUACUGGACAGUUUAGCUCGACAUUCUCUGUGGGAAGUGGGCUUGGACUAUGCCCACGGCACUGGCCAUGGCGUGGGACAUUUCCUCAAUGUGCACGAAGGCCCAUCAGGUGUGUCAUGGAGGCCGUAUCCUCACGACCCUGGGCUAAAACCUGGACAGAUACUUAGUAAUGAGCCUGGCUACUACAAAGUGGGAGAGUACGGCAUCCGCAUCGAGGACCUUGUAGAGACGGUGAAGAUUAACAAGACGUCACACCAUCCUAGGGCAGCUGGUCUCCUGGGUGAUUACGAUGGGCGUGGAGUGCUUGGCUUCAACACCCUGACCUUGGUGCCUCAUCAGAAGGAAUGUAUCGAUGUCAGUAUGCUCACUGAUUUUGAGCUGGCGUACAUAAACGCUUACCACAAGCGUGUGCUGGAGACGCUGGGUGCUGUUCUGUCGGAGCAAGGGCUUCUUGACGACUACAAUUGGUUGCAGCAGGAGUGUGCUCCAAUAAACCGAGUACCAGGUACCGCCGCGGUUUACAAACAGCCUGAUGCAAUGAUAUGA